GACCCGCGGCGGAGAUGGCGGCCAGUCCGCGGCGUGUGGGCUUCGUGGGCGCGGGCCGCAUGGCGGAGGCCAUUGCGCAGGGCCUCAUCCGGGCAGGGAAGGUGGAAGCCCAGCACGUGAUGGCCAGCGCCCCAACUGACAGGAACCUCUGCCACUUCCAGGCUCUGGGCUGCCAGACCACCCACUCCAACCAGGAGGUGCUGCAGGCUUGCUCGCUGGUCAUCUUCGCCACAAAGCCUCAUGUGCUGCCUGGCGUCCUGGCUGAGGUGGCCCCCGUGGUUACCACAGAGCACAUCUUGGUCUCUGUGGCUGCAGGGGUCCCGCUGAGCACCCUGGAGGAGCUGCUGCCCCCCAAUGCCCGGGUGCUGCGGGUCUCACCCAACCUGCCCUGCACGGUGCAGGAGGGGGCCAUGGUGAUGGCACUGGGCCGCUGUGUGGGGAGUGGCGAGGCUGGGCUGCUGCGGGAGCUGCUGGAGGCCUGCGGCCGGUGUGAGGAGGUGCCCGAGGCCUACGUGGACAUUCACACGGGCCUCAGCGGCAGCGGCGUGGCCUUUGUGUGCACCUUCUCCGAGGCCCUGGCCGAAGGCGCCAUCAAGAUGGGCAUGCCCAGUGCACUGGCCCACCGCAUCGCUGCCCAGACCCUGCUGGGCACUGCCAAGAUGCUGCUGCAGGAGGGGCAGCUGCCCGCCCAGCUGCGCACCGACGUGCUCACUCCCGGGGGCACCACCAUCUAUGGGCUGCAUGCUCUGGAGCAGGGCGGCCUGCGUGCGGCCACCAUGAGUGCCGUGGAGGCCGCCACCACGCGGGCCAAGGAGCUCAGCAGGAAGUAGGCUGCCCCGUGUCGCCCUUCC